GAUAUUACUGAAAUGAUUCAAGUUCCAACUAAACUACAACAGAGGCUGACACGGCAACACGCUAAAGAAAAGAUGUCAGCAAUGAUCGAGAAGGCCCCUUCCCAGCGAGAUGCAGCUAGGCUAAGAUCGAUUCAAGGCAAGGGCGCUGGAGCCUGGCUGAAUGCUAUGCCCACCUCAAAUAAGCUCGCACUAGUUUCCCGCGAUUUUCGUUUGGCGGCUUGCUUGAGAUUGGGGUUAGCCAUGCCCUUCGAUGGCUGUAUUCGUCAGUGUGACUGUGGUUCUUUUCUGGACAGUUGUGGAUACCAUCUCCUAACAUGUAAGUGGGGCGGUGGUCCAGUCUGGACCCAUGAGUGUAUUGCCAAUGUAUGGUCAGACUGUCUGCGCAGCUUACAAAUGCACCAUCACAGAGAGCCACGUCAUCGAUACAUUACAUCUGACAACCGCCCUGACAUAACAGUUUUCGAUGUUGGAUCAGGGUCCAACACAGAUUUAGACAUUUCGCUAGCACAUCCCUGGAGCAGUGAAGUAAUUUCAGCAUCAGCAUCUACGGAAGGUGCUGCAGCAUCCAGGAGAGAGCAGAAGAAAACGGAAAAAUAUAGCAGAGAACGACUUCUUGGUAAGGAAACAGUGACAGCAGUCCCACUAGUCUUGGAACAUUUUGGUCGAUGGGGACAACAAGCAGAAAUGUACCUACAGCAUUUGUCAAGUAGAUCAACGGAUGCCUAUGGAACAACAAAUGCCUCCUCAUUCAAGACACAUUGGAGGGAGCGCAUGUCCAUUCAGCUACAAAAAGCCAAUGCUCGAGUCAUCUACAGGAAAGUGGAGAGACUUUUAGAUGAUGCUAGUUAAUUUGUGUUUUUCCAAGGCCAUUUGGCCUUUACUUUUUUUUUUAGUAAAGGAGCAAGCACGUGUGUAGUUAAUUGGACUGAUGAGGACAUUGUGUUGUAGAGGAUUUAGCCUCCAUCUGUACGUACUUUGUUCUAUUGAAUAAAAUACCUUU